AUGGCUGCCAGAGCAUGGGAUCUUGCAAUAAGGAAGAUGAAACCACUGGUACUGCUGCACUGGACAUGGAAAAAAGAUUUGUUAUUGGACGAUAAGAAUUGCAUGAAGGAUAUGGUAUCUUGGGGAACCAUGGAAGAGGACAAAAGUGGAUCUGAAAGCAAAUUGAUGGCGGCUGAAACUGAAGCUGGAACCCCAUAG